AUGAAUCAUUACCGGAGCGACUGGAGUUGCGUUGACGAGGGUGUACGUGUUGUUCUGGUUGUAGGCCGGGAGAGCUUUUUGGGCAUCGUAGAUGAACUUGCUGUCGUUCGACAUUCCAAUGUAUUCCGAUGGCUGGAAAUAGGGAAAUUGGAAUUGAAGUUGGAGGGUUGCUCGCUUCGAGUUCCAGAAACGUUCGUUGCGAGUUCACUACGUCGUCACCACGUGAUUACUGAGAGUUUGCUACCUGCUCACUGCGAUUAUGCUGCGUACUAUCCACUUGCUGACGGCCAACUCACGCAGCGAACUCCGCUGCGAGUUCACCAUCAGCAUGUCACUACUUCGAGAACAACUCACUGCGGGCAUCAACACUAUUCCUACACUCGCUCACCCCAGAAACGCCUCUCGAGUAGUUGUUGGAAACCGGAGCCGUUGGUCCACCUCCAUAGUAGUUCGAGUGAACUUGUGGUCUCUCUUGAACCGGUGGAGCCGGAGCACGAACCGGAGAAGAUGGAGCAGAGUUGGAGAGCACCGAACGGUAGAUGCGAAUGGCCUCCUGGAUUUGAGCAGGAGUCAACGGAUCCUCUGCGAUCGGAGUGGUCGCUGGGAUGGCGGAAGCGCCUCAAUUGGUUAUGGGCUGAAAGCACCGCCCUCUUCCCAUCAAUCUAUCUGUAUCCUCAACACAAAUCAGCACCGGAUUUCAAUUUUGUCAAUUCUGGACAAAACCUUGCCAGCACGAUUGAUCUUGCCAUAAAAAUGAACAUGAACAGUGUGGUCAUCUGGAGUACAUCUCAAUCAAUUCGAUCCCGUUGUGGAUUGAUUCAAAACUAUUUGGAUAAUACAUUGGGUCCAUAUCUGCAAUUAACGGAUCGAAGCAUGGAUAAGUGUCGCCAAGAGAGAUGUGAAGGAAGGGGAGAAUGCUAUUUGCCAAGACCAAAAUUAAACCCCGCCCUCUAUAACUUCGCCUGUCGCUGUGAACGUCCAUAUUUCGGAAAGAGCUGUGAAUACCGUGGCCGCCGAAUUGGAUACUCAAAGGCCCGCCCAUCUGUCAUUCCGGAUGUCUCUGCUUAUUUCCAGUCUGCAUCUACUUCUUCCUCUGGAAUCAAUCGAUACAAUGCUCCAAAUCAGUAUUAUGCAAGAACAAAUGUUAAGAAUAAUAAUUUGGAGAAAAGGGAAUUGAAGAUUUAG